AUGAAACUCUUUGGUUCGUCAUUUAAAUUUACCGCGCAUUCUCCAUAUAUUAUCUGUGGUGACGGCAAAGGCAGGUUUUUUGCUGGAUUGUCUAAUAUGGAGAUUGCACUUAAUUAAUUACUUACUAAUAAGUUAACUAAUAAGAAACUAUAAAUAAAUAAGAUUGUUUGAAGCAAUAGCAUUUAAUGUUGUUUCUCUUUACAGAGCAACAACUUGGCAAUUGUUUCACUUAUUACAAAACAACAUUAAUUAUAGCUGUUGUAAACAAUGGAAAAGUUAAAAUUCGAGGUUGUUAUAAAACCGGGUGAAGAUCCAAAAACAAACAUAAUGUGCAUAACCUCAAUUAUGGAUGCAGAUAGAAAUACCUUUUUGAUUCCGGAGCAAUUACAAUCAGUGAAACUACACGAUGUGUUAACACAGACGAAAAUUUUUCAAAAAGUAAGAACUACACUGCAAAGAAGACAUGAAAAACGACAAGUAUGGAUUUCUGUUACACCGGAGUUACAUGAUGCCUACAUGGAUGAAGAUGGAAAUAUGCAAUUUAAAGGUUAUUUACUGGAAGAAGUUACAUAUAUUUCACAAAAGCAGACUUCUACGGAGACGACAACAGAAGCUCUUUCAAGAAUGUUGGCUAAUUUUGCUGAAUCGGAGAAGGAGCCUAAACUGUUCAAUUUAAAGAAAUUAUCUGAAAUGUUUGUAAUCGAUAAAUUUACACAAAAAACGUCAAAUGCAACACAAUGGAUGAUCAUCUUCGAAACUGAAUGUGCUCGUGUGGGUAUAAGUGAUGAUAUUCACAAAAUUCAAGGGUUAAGGUUAUUUUUAGAUGAUUCUUGUCAAGAUUGGUAUAGUUCCAUGCUUAUAAAGUGUACAUUGAAUUCUGAAUGGUGUAUUUGGAAAAAGAAUUUUUGUGAAACAUAUAUGAACAAAGGCUGGACGCCGGUAAGAUAUGCUUUUUUAUUUAAGUAUAGGCAGGGAUCGCUACUAGAAUAUGCUUUAAAGAAAGAGAGGCUUUUAUUAGAGACAAGUAAGUUAAUAGAUAAAACCACUUUAAUUAAUUUAAUUGUAACUGGGUUACCUAAUUUUAUAGCUGAUGAAAUUGAUAGAAGUGAUAUAAAGGAAACUGAACAGUUAUUUAAUAGUAUUCGUGGGUUAGAACAUCUAAAUAAAAAAAAAUUGAAAAUAGGGAAGCACAUGUUGAAAAUAAAAUUAAAGAAAAAUCUUUUAAGGAAAAACCGUGCAAAAUCUGUGAAAAAGAAAAGAAAGGAAUUCGAUAUCAUUCAGAGUCUGUAUGUUGGUUCAGGAAUAAAAAUGAUAAUCAAUAUAAAAAAGAGUUGAUUAAAAGUGUUAAUAAUUCUGAAUUGGAAAUAAGUUUAAAUGAAGUAGAUCCAAAAAACUAAUAAUUCCACCAUUAAUCAAAAUUAAAAUUUUAAUAAAUGAUUCCUUAGAAACAUUGGGAGUUUAUGAUUCAGGAUCAAAUGUAAGUUUAAUUAAUUCCAGAUUAUUAUCCUUAAAAAAUUAUCAUAUCCAUAAUAACUAUAAUAAUCAGGCAAAUUUAAAAACGAUUAAUGGUGUAAAAAAGUCUAUAGGAAUAGUAACAUUAAAAAUUAAGAUUUUUCAGCUAGAGAAAUACAUAAAUGUUUUUGUGGUAGACAAACAAAAUUUGAUUACGAUUUUUUAAUUGGGUUAGAUUGCAUAAGAUCUUUUCAACUAAUUCAAAAUGAAAACUUGGAGAUAAAACAAUUCUUAAACAAUGAGGAAAAAAUAAGCAAUGAAAACAUUCCUGGCUUCACAGGUAAUAAAAUUCAAAACAUGCAAUAUUUAAUUAAUGAAAAUAAUGAUAGGAAAAACAUAGGGGAAGAUAAUUUAGUAAUUAAUGAUAAAUGUGAGAUCAAUUUUAACGAACACAUAGAAAUUACAAACUUCAACAUUUCAGUAGAUCAUUUAGAAAUUCAACAAUAAUCAGAAAUAGAUGAAUUAAUUAACAAGUAUAAAUCGUUAUUUGCGAAAGAUAAAUAUGAUGUAGGUAAAGUGAAGGGCUAUGAGUCACAUAUAGAUUUACUUGUAGAUACAUAUUGUAGCAAAAGACCAUACAGAUGUAAUUUUGAGGAUAAAAAGAAAUAGAACUACAAGUUUCACAAUUAUUAAAAAAUAAACUAAUUGAAGAAUCAUAUAGUCCCUUUGCAGCCCCUGUAACACUAGCCUAUAAAAAAGAAGAGGGGAGAAAAUCUAGACUAUGCAUAGAUUUUCGUGAUUUGAAUAAAAUAGUAGUUCCUCAAUCGCAACCAUUCCCACUUAUAGAGGAUUUAAUGAUAAAAACGAGGAAUUGUAAAUUUUUUUCAAUAUUAGACAUAAAUUCUGCAUUUUGGUCAAUUCCAUUAAAAGUAGAAGAUAGGGAAAAAACUGCAUUUGUUACUCAAGAAAAUCAUUUUCAAUGGACCUGUUUACCAUUUGGUUUAAAAACUUCCCCUGCAAUUUUUCAAAGAAUAUUAAGUAGCAUAAUUAGGAAACACAAAUUAUCAGAUUUUACAGUAAAUUUCAUCGAUGAUAUUUUAAUUUUUUCUCGGACAUUCACGGAACACAUGAAACAUUUAUCUCUGUUACUGGAAGCAAUCUCAAAAGAGGGCUUUAGAUUAAAAUUCUCUAAAUGCAAUUUUGCACAGGAUUCUGUUAAAUAUUUAGGCCACAUAAUAAAAAAUAAUACAAUUACGCCGCUUAAAGAUAAUUUAAUAGCAAUAAAAGAUUUUCCAACUCCAAAAAAUAAAAAAAAUAUUCGUCAGUUUCUAGGUAAAAUUAACUUUUAUGGAAAAUACAUACCAAAUAUAUCAAUCAUAUUAGAACCUUUACACAAUUUGUUAAGAAAAGACCAAAAUUUUACUUGGACGAAAAUUUGUCAAGAAUCUUUUGAUAAAAUAAAGAAUAUGCUUUGUUUAAGACCUAUAUUAGAGAUCUUCGAUCCAGAUUUACCUAUACAUAUUUAUACAGAUGCCAGUAUUCAAGGUAUUGGAGCUAUAUUAAAACAACCACAAAAAAAUGGAGAAGAGAAGCCAUGUGCAUAUUUUUCUAGAAAAUUAAAUGAUAGUCAAAAACGGAAAAAAGCUAUCUACUUAGAAGGUUUAGCAAUAAAAGAAUCAGUCAAAUAUUGGCAACAUUGGCUCAUAGGAAAAAAAUUUAAAGUGUUUUCUGAUCAUAAACCUCUAGAAAAACUAAAUAUUAAAGCAAGAACCGACGAAGAGUUAGGAGAUCUCGCAUAUUACUUAUCACAAUUUAAUUUUGAAGUUAUAUAUUCACCAGGAAGGGACAAUGUAGAAGCAGAUAGUUUAAGUAGAAACCCUGUGUUAGAACCACAUGUGAACCAAGAUGAAGUCUUAAAAAUAACAAAUUUUCUUAAACUAGAAGAGAUUCAAAAAGAUCAAGAGGAAAAUGAAAACAUAAAACUUAAUAAAACAAAACUAUUAUUAAAAAAUAAAGUAUACUUUAAAAGAAUAGGAAAAAAAGAAAAAAUUAUACUCACUGAAGAAUUUAGUAAAAAAUUAAUUAAAAAUAUACAUUAUGAAUACUGUCAUAUAGGGGUGAAACAAAUAGAAAAUAAAAUCAAACCAUUUUAUACAGCAAAAAAUUUAAUAAACAAUAUAAAAAAUAUUUGUGAUAAUUGUGAAAUAUGUUUAAAAAAUAAAACUAGAACUAAAUUUAAAUUUGGAUUAAUGUCUCAUCUAGGCCCUGCCACCUACCCUUUCGAAAUAGUCUCUAUAGAUACUAUUGGUGGAUUUGGUGGAUCUCGCUCUACAAAAACAUAUUUACAUAUUUUAGUGGACCAUUUAACCAGAUAUGCUUACAUUUUAACGUCUAAAACACAAAAUGCAAAUGACUUUAUAAAGCUUGUAAAAAAAGUUAUCCCUGAAAAUAAAAUUGGAAUGAUUCUGUCUGAUCAAUACCCAGGCAUAAACUCAAAAGAAUUUAAAGGUUUUUUAAUAAAAGAAAAUAUACCAAUUAUCUUUACCGCAGUAAAUGCACCUUUCUCCAACGGUUUAAAUGAACGUUUAAAUCAAACAAUAGUUAACAAAAUUAGAUGUAAAAUUAAUGAAAAGAAAGAUAAAAUGGCUUGGACGACUAUAGCUCAUGAAUGUAUCCAGAAAUAUAAUGAGACUGAACACACAGUUACAGGAUUCUCUCCAGUAUAUUUACUAGAAGGAAAAGCUAUUAAUAUCAUACCAGAUGAAUUAACAGAAAAAAAGUUACAAAGUAAUUUAUUACAAGACAGAAAAAUAGCUUUAGAGAGAACUAUUAAAUCUCACAACUACAAUAAACAAAAAUUUGAUAAAAACAGGAAAAGUUGUCAGUUAAAAGUAGGUGAUUUAGUAUAUGUAGAAAAUGGAAACCGGUUAAAUAGAAAAAAACUAGAUGAAAUAAAAAUUGGACCAUAUAAAAUAUUAGAAAAAUUAUCAAACUCAAUUUAUAAGAUAGAUACAGGUUACAAAAAAAUUGAAUCAAACUAUUUCCACAUUACCAAAAUUAUACCAAUAAAAAACUAAUUAUCUGUAAUUAUAAGGGGGGGGAGGGGAGAUGUAAAUGAAACUCUUUGGUUCGUCAUUUAAAUUUACCGCGCAUUCUCCAUAUAUUAUCUGUGGUGACGGCAAAGGCAGGUUUUUUGCUGGAUUGUCUAAUAUGGAGAUUGCACUUAAUUAAUUACUUACUAAUAAGUUAACUAAUAAGAAACUAUAAAUAAAUAAGAUUGUUUGAAGCAAUAGCAUUUAAUGUUGUUUCUCUUUACAGGUUAGUAUUUACAUUGUAUUUCUUUAAAAUAUGUUAAGUUUAUUAAAAAGUGUAUGGUAGAUGAUUUGUGACACGUUUUCUGUAAAAUAAAUUACUCUUUACAGAGCAACAA